CCAGCCCUCGCUCGACUAUCGUCUAUCGUAGGCAUGAGCAGUAAGCGCCAGGCAACAAAAUGACACCAGAGAAAUAUGGCGGAUAAACAUUUCCCUGAAAAUUGCUCUGUUCGAGCGAAACAGAGCACCGCCGCGAAUUUUAAGGCUCACUGCCACACAGAAAAAGGACGAAAGGAGAUACAAAGCUUUCUAGAUGGCGUGCUUAGUCUGCAGCAUCCAUUCGACGCUGAAAGACAAGAUUGGUGUUUACGGCUCAUAGCCGGUGGAAGACCUCCAGAGGAAUUUAAAAAUGUGCUGAGGUCAUUUGACUCGCCAACAAUCUGCGGUCUGGUGUGGAAUAAGAACUUUGUGGCGUAUCGCUGUAGAGAUUGCGGUAUUUCUCCUUGUAUGUCGCUGUGUGCGGACUGCUUUCAUGCAGGAGAUCACGAAGGUCAUGAUUUCAAUAUGUUCAAAAGUCAAGCUGGGGGCGCCUGUGAUUGUGGCGAUGAAGACGUUAUGAAACCAGAAGGGUUUUGUCAACGUCAUGGCACAAAGGACACAGCUGUCUCCAGAACUCCUCCUCCAGAACUGUUAGCCAUGGCUAAGAUUGUUGUUCCAAGACUGUGUUUGAGACUUCAACAACAGUUAAAAGAGUUGGCUCCGUAUCUAAUAGAUCUAGUGGCUGAGGAUAUGAGUGAUGCAGAGACCCUUGUUAACUUUCUUGUACAGUUGUGUGACACAAAUACUAUGAAAACUGUAACAGCAGAGUCCUUAAUGAUGAAAAUAUUAGAUGUAGAAAGAAUAUUUGUUAAAGAAACAAGAUCGUCAUCUACAACUUCAGCAUCAUUUCACAGUACAACGCAUUCAUCAAUUGAUAGAAUGGACAGUUCAAGCUCUUUGUCAAGUGGCUUGUCAACUGAUAGUGUUGAUGACAUUGUUAACAGAACUUUUUUGGACUUUCUAAUGGACUUUGUGACACAGUUUGAAUUUCCACAGAAAAUAGUGACAUUUCUUCUUCAUCUUUUGCCAAGCGCCGCAUUUAAGGAAGCAUUUACCAGAGUAUUCUGCCAAAACUAUCAGAAGAUAGCCAAAGUGCUGGUGCUAAACAGCAGCUCUAACAGUGUUGACCAGUUGUCAAACCGUGUGGUGCAUGUCAGUGUGCAGUUGUUUAGUAACAAGUUCUUGGCCGAGAAAGUUGUGCGUGAGCAGAAUCUUCUUCACAUUAUGGUCAAGGUUCUGCAUGACAUGGCAAGGCCAACACUGGUGACUUUUAGGAGGGGAGACACAAUUUCAAAUCAUGUUGUGGUGAAUUGUGAGAGUCGUGCACUCAAGAACCAUUGCUAUUGGCCAAUAGUUAGUGACUUCAUCAAUGUUCUGUCACACAAGUCAAUAGCUGAGAUGUUCAUGCAGAACGAUGACCUCAUUAGGCAGUGGAUGAAGUUCAUUGAACACUUGACUGGGAUGAACGUAAACAGUCGCAGACUACUGUCUCAUAUUGAGUAUGAACCACAGACAUAUUGUGAGGCAUUUUAUGUGGAGCUGGAAGCUGCAUCGUCACCUCUGUGGAGCUUUGUUAAUGCAUGUACAGCACUGAAAAAUGUCCAGUGUGUUCAAAACAUGAUCAAGGGGAGUGUUGAGGCUCUUGAUAGAUGGUACAAGAAAGUUGAUAGCAAGCCCCAGCGAGGUGAGGUUACAUUUCAUCUUCCUCUUCAUAGGCAUCUUGCUGCUUUUAUUAGUCUGGCUGUAUCUCAGUUUGAUAUUCCUCUGGAGGAAGUCGUGCCCUCAAAUGAACUCCUCAGAAACAUUUGUGAAGAUCUGUUCCACAUUCAGGCUGCUAUUUGUGAAAUUCGUGCCGGUAGAUGGGUGCGCAAUGGUUCUCAGAUCAGAAGUCAAGUACAGCUAUAUAUCAAUUGCCAUUUCUGCAACUCAAUGCUGGAUUUGGAUAUUUUCCUGUUACAGGUGUGUGCAAUGUUUCUGGAUCCUGAAGUCUUCAUUGGCACAAUGAUCGAAAGGUUUGUUCACCAUGCCAUUAAUAUUUCUGUCUACAUAGAGUAUUGGUGGGUUGCGUCGAGAAUGUCAGAGAUCAUACACUCCUUCGCAUGCCAUGGAUGUUGGUUGUUACGUUACAGUAGUUGCCUUAACAUCGCUCACAUCCCAGAUAAACCAGGACAAUCGCAUAAUACACAGGAGUUUGAAAGGACUCUCAAUGAGUUGGCAGAUUACAGAGGCCCAAGCUUUGAGAGUGGAUCAAUGCAGCAGGGCAUGUAUGUCCCGAAAGAUAUUGUCUGGAAGAACGACUUUGAUUUUGUUCUUCUGUUGUUACGAGCUUUCCAUCGUCAAGAUGUACAGUCUGCUAUGCAGCGUUAUAAGUCCUAUGCUUGCAAGAAUGGCCAGCCUCAGAAAGGACAAUUAUGGCCGCCAUUCCUGCCUCUUAAACCACUGCCUGAGAAGUUUUGUGGAUUGACGAAGAUUCUCCACUCCAAUACACUGCAUGGGGUUUUGUUCUUCAUUUAUCACAAGGCCGUGGAGGACAUUAAUUCCUUAGCAGAUGUAGUACAUCUUGCUGUUUAUCUGACAAAGCUGGCGGUAAUGGCACAUCCUGAAACACCAAAUCUUCGCUCCGUGCCUUCUACCUGUAAAAGUGACGAGUCAAGGGAUAUUGGCUGCAUAAUAGUGGACCGCUGUAUUGACUUCCUUGACACUUACGGUAAGGAUGUACAAGAUCUGCACCAGAUCAAAACACAUCAAUGUUUGAGCAGAGAGCUGAUAUACAGAUUGCAACAAGACCCCUACGCUCCUCUUCACCCCGAGACAGACUCUUCUCAUCGCGUCUGCGCUGCUAUGGCGGACGCCCUCCACAAUCCACAUCUUAUGAAGCCUCCCCUGUUCGAGCCUUUCCUCCCAUUCAUGAAUGGCGUGCUCAACAGUGCCCUUCAGAACCAAAGUAGCAGCCAAGAGAAAAUAGCUCAGCUGCAACACAUUCAGUUCCUGAUAGAACAACAGCCAACUCACAGGCGAGAUCUUAUUACAAAACUCACCAGACAUCUUCUUAGGUGUGCGGUUCCUGCUGGCUGGCCAAAGACUAUAAGUGACCUGGGAUUCAGUUCAAGCAGCAUGGUAACAAAUGUUAGGCUUGUAGUACAAGCAGUACAAGAACCAAUGGACACCAGCGAAGGAAGUAGGAACGACUUCAAGAGCACAUCUUUAAGCUCGUCUGAACACCAGUCCUCUAAGACUGAUGUUAACGAUUCUGAACUGCUCUCCACUGAGGCAAGGGAUAGAAGAGGCUGGAGUAUAAAAGACAAAGCGUCAUUUCGAGGCUUGGUACAACAAUUCAUCAGUUUAACCAAUGCAUCAGAAGUUACCACCAUAAAACUUUUGAGGGCUUGCAGAGGAAACCUCGAAAUGGCCCUCAAUCUACACUUGGACAAAGAGGAGACGAUUCCUGACUUGGAGCAGGCUGUAGGUGAUGUAGCUAUGGAAACGAACUCCUGUGUGAUGACGUCAUGUGGAGGACCGCUGGAAACCCCUGACAAGUCGGAAGGCUCAAGCGCCUGCCCAGUAGAAGGAAUAAACGAGAGUAUUUUGAGUUUGUUGGUGAAGCUGAAGUCAGUCAUGACCAGUUCAACAACAUCGUCACCAGGAAGGAGCCCAGCGCAUGGUGACGAAAUUCAAUACCUGUCAGACCUGUUAGACGUGAUUGGUAAAUCUGGUCCUGAGAAUGCUGCUGCACUGCGCAAACUCCAACCAGCUGCUGAUCAGACAAGUACCAGUCCAUCCUCACCUGAUGGUGACAAUGACGAUUCUGUGGCCAGAACCAUGCGCAGGCGACAGCUUGCCAGGGAACGCCAGCAAAAGCUUUUAGCAGAGUUUGCAUCGAAACAGAAAAGUUUCAUGGAGAAAAACUUAAAGAAAGAUCCAGAUGCCCUAGACAAGACGGCUGUAGACGGUGCAAGCAGUGACACUACAGAAGAAUUGUUUGACUGUGUUAUUUGUGGACAAACAUCAACAUUCACGGAGGGCAGGCCAAUUGGACUGGUGGCUCUUCUACAACCAAGCGCAGUGCUUAAACACAGAGCUCUUCAUGUAAGGCACAAACAGCUUCCGCUAAGUCGCGAAGAAGAAGAGGCUCGUAUCAUUAACUGUGAAACAACGUUUAGGAACAGAUUUGAAGAUUUAAGAAGACGAUUUGACUUGAUUCCAAGUCUGGAAGCUUCUGCAAGUGGCACAGAGGGUGGAGUCCAUAUCCAGACUUGUGGCCAUCACCUUCAUGUAGACUGUCAGCAAACGUACCUUAAAUCUCUUCAGGAAGAAGAUGCGAAUCAGCUUCAUCUUCAUCAUCAACUGCAGCCUUACAAUCCAAGAAACGGAGAAUUCACUUGUCCUUUGUGUCGACAGCUUGGUAAUUGUGUACUUCCCAUUGUGCCCACGCAGAUUAUGCCAACUGGUAAAACGGCAUCUAAGAAUGCGCUGAAAACCCACAAAGAACAAACAAGCGAUCUUCACGCAGUCCUGAGGAAAUUCAAACUUCAUACUAUCACCAAACUAACAGCCAGUGCACUCAACUUCAAUGUGCUCGGUGCAGCAAUUAAGGCUGUGGUAGAAUCAGUGUCUGCACUUGACGGUGAAAAUCACAGGUGUUCAGCUGAGAAGAAGUUCAGUCUGCUUUACAGAAUGGCUAGGACAAAUUUAGAGCUGGAACAAGUGGACAAAGCGGCGAGGAAACUCUCAAGUCCGCGAAAGUCCUGUUUUGGUCCAGUGAUGCGCGCAUUCCAGUUUUAUUCCCAGACCCUCGUGGGUCCUUUACUGUCCGUGUGGUCAGAUCUGACUGGAACUGAUGACCUCAGAGAACCGUCACCCAGAGAUUGCCCCAAUCUCUGUGGCAUGGGGCGACUGGAAGUAUUCUACUCAAGUCCAUCGCAGGAUUACCCCUCCAGUAUUUUGUUUUGUCGCGCCAACAAUUGGGUGGUACGCUUUUACACUGCUGGUUGGAGAGAGAUUCCAAGUCUGGAAGCUUCUGCAAGUGGCACAGAGGGUGGAGUCCAUAUCCAGACUUGUGGCCAUCACCUUCAUGUAGACUGUCAGCAAACGUACCUUAAAUCUCUUCAGGAAGAAGAUGCGAAUCAGCUUCAUCUUCAUCAUCAACUGCAGCCUUACAAUCCAAGAAACGGAGAAUUCACUUGUCCUUUGUGUCGACAGCUUGGUAAUUGUGUACUUCCCAUUGUGCCCACGCAGAUUAUGCCAACUGGUAAAACGGCAUCUAAGAAUGCGCUGAAAACCCACAAAGAACAAACAAGCGAUCUUCACGCAGUCCUGAGGAAAUUCAAACUUCAUACUAUCACCAAACUAACAGCCAGUGCACUCAACUUCAAUGUGCUCGGUGCAGCAAUUAAGGCUGUGGUAGAAUCAGUGUCUGCACUUGACGGUGAAAAUCACAGGUGUUCAGCUGAGAAGAAGUUCAGUCUGCUUUACAGAAUGGCUAGGACAAAUUUAGAGCUGGAACAAGUGGACAAAGCGGCGAGGAAACUCUCAAGUCCGCGAAAGUCCUGUUUUGGUCCAGUGAUGCGCGCAUUCCAGUUUUAUUCCCAGACCCUCGUGGGUCCUUUACUGUCCGUGUGGUCAGAUCUGACUGGAACUGAUGACCUCAGAGAACCGUCACCCAGUGGAGCAAGCUCUUUUCAGGAGUGUCCUCUACUCUUGAGGGAUGCGCCGUCUCUGUUAAUCCACAUGAUAUUGUCAUGGCCAGCUGCUCUGUCAAAACGUGACUUCAAGUGCCUUGUGCAGCUUAUAUUCAACUUGGUGUUCACUCAGACUUUGGUUGACACUUGUUGCAAGUUUGUCGGUGAUGAGAAACUCUCGUGGCAAGACUUAGGAAGAAAAGCAGCUUCACAGGAACUUUCUCAGGGCACACUAUCAGCUGAUCUGUUGCUUGGUUAUGUUUGCCGCAUGCUCAGUAACAGCACCUUGAUCAAGGAGGAUCACCACACUGGAGGGAUCUCGCAAUCAGUAUGGUCUCCACACACUGUAGAGCGGUCCUUGCAGGACUCAUGUCUGGCGUUUCUUCGCUCAGCUUGCACCAUGGCUUCUCUCUGCUAUGACGUGGAAAUACCACAAGUUGAGGAGAGAGACGCAGAGUUUCGUGUACUGGCUUCGACUCUGGGUUUGUGCGAUCCAUCUACCACUAGUGCCGAGUCCUUUUCGUGCGUAAGCUGUCUACAGUGGCCUCAUUCUAAACCACGGAAAAUAAUUCGACAGUGGUGCGAAGGACUCUUGCUUUGUUUCAUGCAUAAGAAGGCCGCCUUAACCAGGGAACUUCUUCCCAACUUGGGUCAAUGGCCUCCUCCCAGACUUCUUCAACUUCCUGAGCGAUAUGAUAGUUUAAUUCAGCAUUACCGUAAGCGAAAGUGCACGAAGUGUGGUAGCGCUCCGGACGACCCUGCGGUAUGUCUGGUCUGCGGCAAAUUCACGUGUCUCCAGGGAUCGUGUUGCGUUGAUAGGAACGGCGCGAGGGACAAAUACGAGUGCAUACAGCAUGCCGUGAAUUGCGGGAGAGGGACUGGGAUCUUCUUAAUCGUACUGUCGUCAGUGAUCAUUAUAAUCAGAGCGGAACGCGUCUGCAUCUGGGGCUCAGUGUACCUCGACUGUUUUGGCGAGGAAGACCGGGAUCUAAGGCGAGGAAAGCCGCUGUUUUUGAGUCGCGAACGUUUCGACAGACUUGAAGAGCAGUGGCUUACACACAGCUUUGAUUACAUGUGUAAGAGAUGGAAGCGACACGAAAACACUCUGUAGAGGGACGACCGUAUGAUAUACCUCCGAUAAUAAUGAAAUCCGAGGCCAUCAAUUGCGUUUUAGCCUGUUUUUGGAAAGUUUUCUAAUGAACCCGUUGAAAUCAAUGACCUCUGGGACUGUUUCAAUAUUUAUAACAUUUUAAAGGAAAGAGCAACAGUGUUUUGGCAGAUAUGUAAAGUAGAAGUUGAAUAUUUUAUGUCGAAAUUCCGACUGCCAGAGAAGUGUUUGGUAGAGCUCGUAAAAUUCAACGCGGAGAAUGGGUAUUUACCUCUCGUUCAGUUUACGUGUUGUUUACAAAAAUAAGUACGUUUAUUUAUAUAUUUUUGUGCAAUAAUUAUUUUUGUGUAUUUCAGCAAUGGUAAGACACGCAUAGUGGUCUUGUGCAAAUACGAGAAUUUAUUGGUUCUCUCACAGUUGACUAUUCGCCGAUCGACCAUGCUCGACUGAUGUCUUUGAAAGCGAAAAUUGUAAUAUUAUUUUUGGGUUAAAGAACAACUAAAAAUGUAAGGUUGUUCUUGCUACCCUUGUUAGCGUCUACUAAAACUAGGGACGGUUAACAGUUUAAACCGUUCACUGUCAGAGACAAAGAUGUGUUUAUAUCACUCAUUCUGCUUCGAACUCAAUCUUCGGCACUGCCAUCCUAUUUUCACCCACUCGAUGCUGGGUUGAACAGCAACUGAUGUAAUUUAAACAAAGAAUGUAAAGCAGAAUUCCUGCUGUAAUGAACAAAUCACAAACGUAACCUUGUUAAGCUGUUUACAAGGGCUUUGCGUUGAACGAUUUAAGGCGGACACAGCAUUUUUGACUUGUAUCACCUUGACAAUAUUGUAUUGGUUUAAAAAUGCUUUGGGACAUUAAAUACGGAUAUAUUUUUUUGUGGGACUGAUAGAACUUGCUCUUUCGUAGACUUUCUAUUGGAUAUUCUAGGAGAAUUGUCAUCUUGACCAAUCUUUCAGUUGAAAGGCAACAACGUAUCAAACUGUUUAGAAGUUGAGCAAAAGUUUUCCAAAAGGUUUCGAGGUUUCUGGUGGUGGAAUCUCAUUUAGCUUGACCCGAAGUUGCUGUAAAACAGAAAAAUUAAAAAGAAGAUAUUUCGGCUGUGCAUUGGGACACUCGUCCCAAACACCGGCUGAAAAAAUAUGUGCACUGCGCAAUAAAAAAAAGUUAGCAUG